ACCGCCGUGCUGGGUUCAGUGGCAGCAGUGCAGGCAGAGCUGGCCCUGCCAUGGAAGCGCUGCCCAUCUACCACGGGGGCAUCACUCGCGAGGCUGGGGAGAAGCUGCUGCUGGCGGCCGGUGCUGAUGGCAGCUACCUGCUACGGGACAGCGAGAGCAUCCCAGGGGUCUACUGCCUCUGUGUGCUGCAUCAGGGUUACGUUUAUACCUACCGAGUAUCCAAGACAGAAUCUGGGUCCUGGAGUGCUGAGACGGCACCUGGGGUUCACCGGCGGCUCUUCCGGAAAAUGCACAACCUCAUUUCAGCUUUCCAGAAACCCGACCAGGGCAUUGUUACACCCCUGAAGCAUCCAGUCAUCAACUGUGCAAAAGCCAAGUAUUCCCCAGGUAGAAGUGACGGUCGUGACUACCUGCAGCCAUCAUGAAGACAUUUCCCACUGGCAUAACCCUACCUCCCAGUAGCGCUUCCAGUCCUGCUCUAGAACAGCAUAAGCUAUGAUAGUUAGUACAACUCCGUGAGUUUUCUUGUAACAUUUGCGAAAAUGUGUUCCCUAGUAUUUCUAGCUCCAAAAUUAGAAGUUUUACAUUUCAGAAUGUUUUUUAUUAUUAUUAUUUUUUAUUUUUUUGUAAGAGAGAAGACAAAAACAUCAGCUACUAAAUGUUGUGAUAUCUUUUUUUUUCUUUUUGCAGUCCUAAGUGUAAAAUAUUUUCUAAUCUCGAGACUAGUCCGUCUAUUUUACAUAAACUGACUUUUGACUCUUCUGUGCUUUCUUCUGAUAGACAUUUAUGGGCAAGACCCCUUUUGUAGGCUUAGGAAAAUUGUUUAUAUUGAGUGUCCUUCCCUUGAACAACGACUUGGCGUCUGUGUGACUGUCAUAUAGUUCCAAAAGGUAUUCUAGACAUGGCCUCGGGGGAAUACCCACUAACUGAGUUCCCACUACAUCAGGCUCUCUGUAAUGCAACAGAACCACUCAGUGCUGUCUCCAUGUACAAAAUUUCUAAUUUGCAUAAAGAAUUGAAAGCUCAAGUAAUGUUCUGAAUAAAUGAGAACAGUCACCAGUGGAGAACCUCAUACUUUUUAUUUUUUCAGUAUUCACUCUACUUGAAAAAAAUUCCCACCACAUGUAAUUUAAAAAAAUAUAUAAAUUUUUACACAAUAUUUACUUUUAUUUCCCUAUCAUGUGUUUUAGUAAGUUGCUGCUGGGCUCCUGUAGGAGAGGCUUACACCUGGAGGACUUGUUGCCUUACAGGGUUAGCACUGGUGCUUACAGCAAAAGCAGGGUUGGUCUCUUCUCGCUAGUGACAGGUGACAGGACGAGAGGAAAUGGACUUUAGUUGCGCCAGGGGAAGUUUAGGUUGGAUAUCAGGAAAAUCUUUACAGAAAGGGUUGUUAAGCCCUGGAAUAGGCUCCCCAGGGAGGUGGUUGAGUCACCAUCCCUGGAUGUGUUUAAAAACUGUUUGGAUGUGGUGCUCAGGGACACAGUUUAGCAGGGGGUUGUUAGAGUUGGGGUAGUUUGGUUAGGUUGUGGUUGGACUUGAUGAUCUUUAAGGUCUUUUCCCACCUGAGCAAUUCUAUGAUUCUAUGAUAUGAUUCAUAGGAGUGCUGGAGCACUUGGCUGCUGAACUUGAUGAGCUUCCUGGGCUGGCUGGCACUGGGGAACACUUCCCAACAGAACUGAUGUGCUGCAGCCCACUUGGUUUGUGUUAAUGUUAGUCACACUUUCACCAGCAGAAAUGGGCCAAUCAGAAAAGCCCUCCCUUCCAAAGUACACUGCUAAUGUUGAUUGCAAAUGGAUGAAAAAAUAACCCCAAAAAACAAAAAAUGUCUGUAAACCUGCAAAGAAAGACAUGGAUGUAGUGGUGGACAGCAAGGUGGCCAUGAGUCAGCAGUGUGCCCUGGUGGCCAAGAAGGCCAAUGGGACCCUAGGGCGCAUUAAAAAGAGCAUGGCCAGCAGGGUGAGGGAGGUGAUCCUCUCCCUCUACUCUGUCCUGGUGAGGCCACAUAUGGAAUUCUGUGUCCAGUUCUGGGCUCCUUGGUUCAAAAAAGACAGGGAUCUCCUAGAAGGAGUCCAGCAGAGGGCCACAGGGAUGAUGAAUGGCUUGAAGCAUCUCUUGUACGACGAAAAGCUGAGAGACCUGGGGCUGUUCAGCCUGGGGAAAAGACAACUGGGGGAGGAUCUUAUUAAUAAUGUUUAUAGGUAUGUAAAGGGAGGUGGGAGGCAAAUGGAUGAGGCCAGGCUCUUCUUGGUAGCAUGUAGCGACAGGACAAGGAGUAACGGCCUAGGACUUGAACGUAGGAAGGAACAUGAAGAAGUACUUCUUUUUGGUAAGGGUGACCAAACAGUGGAACUAGUUGCCCAGAGAGGUGGUAGAGUCUCCUUCUAUGGAGGAGCUUGUGUUGCUUAAAAGUUUGAUGCUUAAAUGUUUCAUGCCUGUACUUCCAAUUUCUUCUGCACACCUUGGAAGUCUGGGAAUUUCUGAGAAGAUGUAGAGAGCUUUUCCAGAACCACCAGGCUGCAGGCUUGGGAGAGCAGGACAGAUCAGAUCCCACCAGAAGGGGCCAAGCUGUGGACCAGGGGAAUGGGGAGAGGCAGGGCUGCAGCCAUAUCCGUAGCAUAAGGCUACAUUGGGGAGUAUCACCCAACAGUGUGCUACCAAACAGGCAGACAGACUUUCUUAUUCUGUUUAGUUGUCUUGUCGCAGAUUCUGGCUUGUUGUUACCUCACUGAAAGGCAAACAGUGAAGAGAUAAAUGGGAGGCAUGGACGGGCACUCAGCAAGGUUCAGCCGCUUGAAGCAGCAUUUUAGUUUGGAUUUGAUAAGGCUGGAAAUGUUAUCUUUUAUUUUAUUUUAUUCCUAUAAGUGGCUGUGUGUGUAUGAAAGAGAAUGAGAGAGAGAGAGUAAGAGAGAGAGAGAGAAUGCAGCAAUAAAACAUUCAUCAUGAAGCACAAAAUGCUCCUUGUAAACCCUCAAUGGGAGUAAAUGCAAUAAAUAAACAGCUGCAUGGUAACAGGAAGCGGUGGACAAUGCUGUUGCAAAUUUGUGACGAUUGCUGUUCAUUACUCAAUGUCUGUCUAAAUUAAGGCCACAUUUCAUUUGCAGUGAAAUGUCCUGCCUCCCCUCCCCUCCCCUUUGCAUCAUAUUUUACACUCUGUGUGUGUAUGUUUUCCCCAUGUCUUUCUGUUACUUAUACUGAUUGGUUGAAGCAAGGGUCUUAUCUUCAUACAGUGCUAUACAGUGACGGAUUUAGCAUGAUUUACUUUUUAAUAAAAUAUUUAAAAGCUG